AUGAUUAAACAAAUGGGAAAAGAGAAAGCUGGUAAAUGGGAAUUGUCCUUGCCAAAAGUUUAUGCCCAGAGAGAAACAGAAGUGUUAAAAGUUAUUUGUACAAGGAAGAAAAAGGAGGCUUGGAAGAGAAUAGUUACUAAAGUCUGCUUUAUUGGGGAUGGCUUUACUUGAAAACCAUAAAAAUACAAAAGAUUCAUUAGGCUAAUAGUUUUGUGUUUUAAGAAGGCUCAUGUAACUUAUCUUGAACUUAAAGCCACUGUUUGCUUACCCAUACUUGGUGUGAAGAACCCCUCAUUUCCACUAUAUAUAACUUUGGGUCCCCAUGUCAUUACCAAAGGUAUUGUCACUGAAGUGAAUGUUAGUGACUUGAGCCUUAGGACACAAAGAGGUAAAAAUAUCUGGGAAAAAUAUCUACAGGUUACCACCAAUCUGGAAAAUGAAAGAUGUAUAAAUGCUGUCUUGCUUGUUUGA